GGCAGAGGACACAAGGCAGUUUGACCGAGCAAGGGCCUGUGAGUACUAGAGAACACAACUGCAGACUCAAGUGCUCCCGCCCCUGGCGACAGCCGCGGGAAGGCCUAGAGAGGGCAAAAGAACUGAGCCAGGAGUGAUGGGGAGUGAUGGGGAGCGUGGGGCAAGGCCUACGGCCCCAGGGAGCGAGCACGCAGCUCCAGCGCCCCCCACCGGGGCAAACCUAGACGCCCUGCACGGCCCACGCAGCCUGCCUGGACGCGGUCCCGCGCCUCUCCGGCCCCGGCGGUGGCCGCCCGGCCCCUCCCUCCGCGGACGCGGACGGCCGUCCGAAAGCGCCUCUGGGACGAGAGGAGCCGCCGGGGUCCGGGCAUGGAGGGCGCGGCGGGAGACCCGUACCGGAGGCCCGCGCGGCGCACGCAGUGGCUGCUGAGCGCCUUGGCUCACCACUACGGGCUGGACCGCGGCGUGGAGAACGAGAUCGUGGUGCUGGCCACGGGUCUGGAUCAGUAUCUGCAGGAGGUCUUCCAUCACCUGGACUGCCGCGGGGCCGGCCGCCUGCCGCGCGCCGACUUCCGCGCGCUCUGCGCCGUCCUGGGGCUCAACGCUGACGGGGCGGCGGCCGCCGAGGGCACAGGCUUGGCGGAGGCGGCCGCCGAGGACCCGGCUGCCGCGACCGGCGCCGGGGGAGAGGCGGACGCCAGGGAAGAGGCGCGCCUGGCCCUGCGCGCCGACCCUCCCGAGCUCACCUUCCGCCAGUUCCACGCCCGCCUCUGCGGCUACUUCAGCACCCGAGCGGGACCCCGGCUGCCCCGCGGAGCUCUCAGCGAGCACAUCGAGACCCAGAUCCGCCUCCGCCGCCCGCGCCGCCGCCGCCGCCGGCCUGGCUCACCGAGCCUGCGCGGUGGCGCCCAGGGCGAGCGCGCGGCGCAUCUGGAGGAGGAGAACAGUAGCCUGCGCGAGCUGGUGGAGGACCUAAGGGCUGCGCUGCAGAGCAGCGACGCGCGCUGCCUGGCUCUUCAGGUCGGCCUCUGGAAGAGCCAGGCGGACGUCCCGGAAGCCGCGGCGCACGAGCUGCAGCGAGCGCAGGGCGCGCUGGCGGAGGCGGAGGCGCGCGCCCGGUGGCUGCAGCGCGGCCAGGUGGAGGUGCGGCUGCGCACGGAGGAGGCCCGGCAGGCGGUGCUGCGCAGCCUGCACCGCGUGCGGGAGCUGGAGGCGCUGGCGCGGCGCCUUCCCCGCUUACAGCGCCAAGUGCAGCGACUGGAGGCGGAGCUUAGGCGGUACAGAUCAGAGGGGCCUCAGCUCCUAAAGCCCCCGCAAGCCAGUCCACAUCUAGGAAACAAGAAUGGCGAACCUACGGCUAGAGGAACCAGAGAUGGGCACACCACUCCAGAGGGAUCCCAGCGCUCAGACACCAGCUUAAGGAGCAGAGACACAGAUGAAGCAGAGGCUGAGCAGCUGUUCCGCUCCGUGGAAGGCCAGGCCGCCUCUGAGGAAGAGGAGGAAGAGAGGUGGCAGGAAAGGUCAAGGCCCCCACAGGCCCAUGUCGAUGUAUCCCUGAGGCAACCUCCAGGCUGCCUGAGUAGGUGUGACGACCAGACCGACGAGAAGCCCAAGGCCGCCUUUGGCCGCUGUGACGGAGCUGAGAACAUCUGCGCCCUGGAGCUAGAGCCCCAUGUCACCAGGCUCGGGGAGCAGCUGCAGACCCUGGGCUGCAGCACAGAGACCCUGGGGACACCGGAGGAGGAGGCGGAACCGCAGCAAAUGUUGGAGACUGAGCAUCUGAGGCUGGAGCUGCAGAUGGUGGAGACAGAGCGGGUACGGCUGUCGCUGCUGGAAGAGAAGCUGGUGGAUGUGCUACAACUCCUGCAAAGGCUCCGGGACCUGAACAUAUCAAAACGAGCCCUGGGGAAGAUUGUGCUGAACGCCCUGGACCGGAACCCCUCACAGGAAGGUACACAUGGCACCUUGGCCAUACUGGACGCCUUGCACCAAGCCCUGGUCGGCUGUGAGCUCCUGCAGAGAAAUUCCUCAGCACCAGCACCCACAGCUCCUGCACAGACGAACCCCUUCCGCAUCUCCUGCUGAGCCCGCCGGCCCAGCCUUGGGCCACCAUGGUCAUUCUAGCCAUCGUCAAACCAGCUUUGACCACAACUAAAGUAGCCUCCAUGGUCAACCUGACCACCAUGGGGCUAAUGUUGGCUGUCACUGGACCAGCCGCCAUGGUUAACUAGACCACCAUAAGUCCAGCCUCCAGGGUCCCCCUGACCACUGCUGGACUGUCUUCUGCCGUCUGAACACUCUCCACAAACUGACUGUUCCUCCCUCAGAACUCUGGCAGCCAAGGCUCCUUCCAAAACUGGGUCUGACAGAUACCCCUCCCUUGGGCCUCUCCCAUUCUCUCAGAGCCCCCACAUGGAAACCCUGCAGUUGCUAGAUCAGCCUGAACCUGAGGCUACUGCCCUUAUCCUGAGCACAGUACACAGCACACUCGGAAUCUCCACCCUAGAGCCCCGAGUUGCCCCCAGCCCCAGCGCCGUCCUCCUCCACCAGCCUGCUGAGUAAGCCCAGGCCAGCCCCCAGGACACACCUCAUCACUAGGGAAUUUCCCACAUCCCAGGAAGUGCUGAGGCUAGAAACAGCAGAAAGUUCCAAGGUUUUCCUUGUAUAUGUGAUAAUAUAACGUAUAGCCAAAGAUUAAUUUGUAUUUUUCAAUUGUUUUACAUACCAUGCAUUUCUGAGAGCAUACCAGGCCUGAGGUUUGAUAAAUGAGUAAGCAGGCAUCUCUGUGUGGUCAUUAAGUGACUGAACUUUCAAAGCAGGUGAAAUGAAAUGGCCAUACUCAUUUGCACACUUAUAUUUUCCAUGUUGGUGCAAAAAAUAAUGCCAGAUGAAAAAUGUAGAAAGUCUAAAAAACACAAAAUAACACCAAAAUAGCAUUACUUCUCUAAAUAAGCUGACACAGAACUAUUUCACAUUCGGUAACUUAGAAAAAUAAAGCCAGCGUUUCCUAUUUUUCAUACACAAAACCAAAGCAAUGGUUGGAGUUUAUACAGUUUAUACUAACUAUAUCUUAGAAAAGAAGUUAAAUGAAUUUAUUAAUCUUUUUCACUUGUAAAUACAUUAACUUACUUGUUGCAUCAUUGUAUAAACUAAUUUUAUCAGUUAACCAAA